ACUCAGCGCUCAGGUGCUGACCCGGACCGAGAGGCGACCUCCUUUCAGCAGCGACUCCUACCAAGUGUAGGGCUGGCAAAGUUCCGUGUUUCGUCAUGAUGUAUCCGGCGGAGCCAAGCAGAGAGCGACUGGACCAGUAGAAGAUGAGCGGGUAGCGAAGACCGGACCGCAGCCUCCAAAGCCGCAUCAAUCUCUAUGAGAGCACCUUUCCCGCCUGCAGCCGCCCAGCUUGCCGGCCUCUGACUCGCCUUUUCCGGCUGCCGAGGGUCUGCCGUUGGGGGGCAGCCGACAGCCGUCCAAGACGCCGCGAGCCGUACUCCGCGUGAAGAAUGCUCAGCCACGCCUGGCAAAGCCGGCCGACCCGGGCCCGGCGGCGGGCCUUUACAUGGAGCGGUCCCAGAGCCGCAUCAGCCUGUCCGCCUCCUUCGAGGCGCUCGCCAUCUAUUUCCCCUGCAUGAACUCCUUCGACGAGGACGAUGGCGUCUUCCUUUUUUUCUCUUUCUAUCCCCUCCUGCGCCGGCCCGGCUGCACCAAAUGAUAAUAUAAAUACAUGUAAUAAAGUCAAAUACAAAUAAGGCAACAAGAGAAGUAUCCUACACUUCUCUUUUGUAAAGUAAAUCUGAACAGCCGAUAUGGGCAUCUACAUCAACUAUAUGAUUUGCCUGAGAAGCUGGACAGAACAAAAAAUAAAUUAAAUUAAAUUAAAAAAAACAACAAAAAAAGCCAAAGAAAAAGUGAAACGUGAAUAAUCUUUUGAUGCUCAGUGUAUGAAGUUGCGGCGUGAUCUCAUGAAUGAAGAGUGAAUCCUGUGGUUUUGUAUAUCCAUCCAUCCAUUUUCUACCACUUGUCCCUUUUUUGGGGUCGCGGGGGUGCUGGAGCCUAUCUCAGCUGCAUUCGGACGGAAGGCGGGGUACACCCGGGACAAGUCGCCACCUCAUCGCAGGGCCAACACAGAUAGACAGACAAUAUUCACACUCACAUUCACACACUAGGGCCAAUUUAGUGUUUCCAAUCAACCUAUCCCCAGGUGCAUGUUUUUGGAGGUGGGAGGAAGCCGGAGUACCCGGAGGAACCCACGCAGUCACGGGGAGUACAUGCAAACUCCACACAGAAAGAUCCCGGGCUCCCCAAAAAAAUCUACGACCUUUGAGUGGAUAACGAGGGCCGGAAGCUGAAGGGCGCCAUCCAGAGGAGCACGGAGACAGGUCUGGCCGUAGAGAUGCCCAGCAAGACGGUCCGCCAGGCCAGUCACGAGUCCAUCGAGGACAGCGUGAACAGCUACGGCUCGGAGGGCAAUCUCAACUACAGUGGCGUGUGUCUGGCAUCCGACACCCAGUUUAGCGACUUCUUGGACGGGAUGGGGCCGGCCCAGUUUGUCGGCCGGCAGACGCUCGCCACAACAUCAAUGGGUGACGUGGAGAUUGGCCUGAUGGAGAGGAAUGGCGGUUUGGAGGUGGAGGUGGUGCAGGCCAGAGGACUCACAAUGAAAGCCGGGUCCAAAGGGCCUCCAGCGGCUUACAUCAAAGUCUACCUACUGGAGAACGGCAUGUGCGUGGCCAAGAAGAAGACCAAGUCUGUGAGGAAGUCUCUGGACCCUCUCUACAACCAGGUCCUAGUCUUCUCUGAAAGCCCUCAGGGGAAGGUGGUCCAGCUGAUAGUUUGGGGCAACUACGGACGCAUGGAGCGCAAAUGCUUCAUGGGCGUGGCUCGCAUCCUCCUGGAGGAGCUGGACCUGAGCUCCAUGGUGAUUGGCUGGUACAAGCUCUUCCCUACCUCGUCCAUGGUGGAGCCCACCAUGGCGCCGCUAAUCCGCCACUCAUCACAGAUGUCCCUGGAGAGCGCCAUGGGGCCCUGCUGCGAGCGCCCCUGAGGUUGGCGACCCGAGCGUCGCCCUUUUCGCCCACCGGGGUCAGCCUGCGUCCGCACCGCGCCGUCUCUCAAGUAGACGGCUCGUGGACACAUUUGGGACCUAAGAGCCGUCGGAGGCCGAAAUUUUGAACGUGAUUUUCUCUCCCGGGACCACUCUGAUGAGGACGCUGUUUGGACCAACAGAACGCUGCGGGCUCAGCUCUGCUUCAUGACGUCCUUCAGUACCACCUGGGAUACUUGUUUUGGUAUUUUCGCUUUCAUGUUACGUGCGUGUGGACACAAGACCAAGGUUUUUUUUGCCCUUUCAAACCACAGAAUGUUUCAGUGUCGGACCAAGUUAGCUGUGUAGCAGCAUCCUCACAGCACUAAAGGACAUCUCUUUGCAAUGGAAAGCACGUAUCGCCACAUGUUAUGUCCUUUAUCCCUCAAACCCCCUGAAAAAUCUCACAAAAUUAGCAUAAUUUCCUGUGGAGGGUGGCAAAAUGUUAUGCGCUUAGUCCAGGGGUGUUCAACGUGUGGCCUGGAGCUUGACUUUUAUUUGCCUGUGGGAUAUUCUGCAUUAAAACAAAGGAAAACGUCCAAAAUCCCUUGAGAAUUGUACCUCCAAACCAAAAUGUCUGACACAGCAUGUGCUCUUUAAUGAUAUCAGUGCACCUGACUUCCUGUCAGUCACACACUGGUUGGUGGAGAGUAUUUCUCACUUCCUGAGCAGGUUUUCACUAUAGGAUACAAACACAUGCUUACAAGAUUUUGAAGAGCUUUUUAGAUCCCGAAAUAAUAAUAACUUGAUGAUUUUAGAGCAGGGGUGUCAAACGUACGGCCCACAGGUUUUAACCGGCCCGCGGGAUGAGUUUGCUAAGUAAAAAUGAGCCGACAUUUUUGAAUGAAAAAAAAUGCUGUUCUACAUGUGUCCACUAGAUGUCUCAAUAGCAAUAUGAAGAUGAUGCUACAUAUGUAGAAAAUAAGAAUAAACCACAUGAUGUUAGUGCACCAGUCGAUGCAAAAUGAGCAAACUACAUGAAUAACAUUCUGUAAUUUGAUUAUUUUUUCAUCUUGAUAGAUUGAAAAUUACCUGCUCAGUGGCCUUGUGGUUAUAGUGUCCGCCCUGAGAUCGGUAGGUCGUGAGUUCAAACCCUGGCCGAGUCAUACCAAAGACUAUAAAAAUGGAACCCAUUACCUCCUCAAGGGUUGGAAAUGGGGUUUAAAUCACCAAAAUGAUUCCCGAGAGCGGCCACCGCUGCUGCUCACUGUUCCCCUUACCUCCCCUCACCUCACAGGGGGUGGAACAAGGGGAUGCGUCAAAUGCAGAGGGUAAUUUCACCACACCUAGUGUGUGUGUGACUAUGUAUUUUAACUUUAACUUUUAACACCAAUGAGUUGACUGAUGAACAUUAUCACAUAAUUUAUUCAGAAAGUAUAAAUAAUGACAAAUAAAGAUAGAAUACUAUUAACCGCAACAUGUAAGUGUAAAAAAAAACCAACAAAAUUAUGAUUUGUACAUUUUCAGAAUGUGCUUGUUCUAUUUUUAAACAAAGAAAACAAUCUGAAGUUGUCUUUAUUUUUUAGUUAUCGUGCCGGGAUUUUACCAGUCCGGCCCACUUGGGAGUAGAUUUUUCUCUAUGUGGCCCCCGAUCUAAAAUGAGUUUGACGCCCCUGUUUUAGAGUGUCUAGUCAAUACAAAUGUGAAGAAUCCUCCUGAGAACUAGUGUCCUCUGCUGUGGGCUUUUGUUUUUAGGCGAUUUCUUUUAUUAGAACUAAAAUAUUUCUGGAAGCGUUCUUGUGUAUCUUUGUAAACGUCCACUGCAGAGGUGGCUGGCUCUCUGGCUCUCUAUGCGGCCCUCAAAGGUGCAAUGUUGGACAUCCCUCUGACUGAGGCGAUACAGUAAUCCCUCGUUUAUCACUGUUAAUUUCCGCAAAAAGGAAUUUUUCAUUUAUAUUUUAUAGCUAGAGCAUUAAAAAACGGUUUGACCUUAUAAAUACAUAUUUUGUACAUAAUGAGACCAAUCUAGACAUCAUAUAACCCCCACACAGUCACCUUCACACUCGUUAAUCCAAUAUAGUCAUGUUGCCUGAGGCUGAGCCAAUCAGUGGCCACAAUACUGAACAGUGUGCUGUGAUUGGUUUGUUCUCAUCUAGUGUCCAAUAAUAUUGGAGUGUCUGUAUUUUCGGUUCGUUUAGCCAUUUUUAUGCUUAAAAAUGCUUAAUUUCGGCCCAAAACACAUACACUAUGCUUACAAACAAUUAAAUACGCACUUUGAAGUGCAACGUAGCGAGGGACUACUGUAAUAUUUUAAUUUUUGCUGUACAAAACAUUUCUGCCCCCUGCCAAAAAAGACUAAAUAGAAAUCAUCGAGAAUGCUGCUGCAGUAAGAAAAUGGGAUAUUAUUGCGAGAGUAAAGCCAUAGCAUAACUUUAAAUCAAGAUGUAUAUUAUUUAUAUAUAUAUAUAUAUAUAUAUAUAUAUAUAUAUAUAUAUAAUAAUAAUAAUACCUGAGAUUUAUAUAGCGCUUUUCUAAGUACCCAAAGUCACUUUACAUGUUAAAAACCCAUCAUUCA